GCAGAACAAGCAUCUUAACUCUCUCAAGAACAAAUAACAAAACAAAGACAAAAAUGGCCGUCUCUUUCCACGUUCGAUCUAACAGCUUCCCGUCAAGAUCUCACCCACAAGCUGCUCAUGUCGAUGAGCAGUUGGCCCGUUUGAGAUCUUCCGAGCAAGCCUCAUCAUCUUCUAGCUCUUCUAUUUGCCAAAGGCUUGACAACCUUCAAGAACUACAUGAGUCUCUUGACAAGCUUAUCAGCCGACCUAUCACACAACAAGCUUUAUCUCAAGAGCAGAACAAGAAAGCCGUUGAGCAACUUCUUGAUGGAUCCCUCAGGAUCUUGGAUUUGUGCAACAUUUCCAAGGAUGCUUUGUCAGAGAUGAAAGAGGGUCUCAUGGAGAUCCAAUCAAUUCUAAGAAGAAAGCGCGGUGAUCUAUCGGGAGAGGUCAAGAAAUACUUAACCUCAAGAAAAUCUCUUAAGAAGUCAUUCCAGAAAGCACUAAAGUCUUUGAAGGUUACACAAGCCGAAGAUGAAACAUUGGCUGUUUUUGGAGAAGCAGAAGCUAUUACAACUGCUUUGUUUGACUCUCUAUUUAGCUACAUGUCUGGAUCAAAGACUUGUAGCAAAUGGUCAGUCGUCUCACAGCUAAUGAACAAGAAGAAAGCUACAUGUGAAGCGCAAGCAAACGAAUUCACGAAGGUUGAUUCCGAAUGUCAAUACGAAAAGACCUUGAAGAUGGAGGAUAUCCAGAAACUAGAGUCAUGCAUUCAAGAUCUUGAAGAUGGACUUGAAUCACUUUCAAAGUCAUUGAUUAAAUACAGAGUCUCAUUUCUUAACAUCUUAGGCCACUAAUGGCUACACAAUUUUGUAGAGAAAUUUAAUGUAAAAAUGAUCACAAAAACAAGAAAUACAACUUUUUUUC